AUGGAUAUUUUUCUCUCAAAGGUCACUAACCAGGCCAUGAACUUUGCCAUCAGGUCUGGAGUCAGUAUUACAGCUACGUAUGCAAUAAGUCAGUCAUCUAGGCUGCUCAAGAAUGUUAGUGGCACGGAGAGAGCAGAGCUACUUGCUCUGCAGGAGCGACUCCAGAGUAAAAUCAGGGUAAUUUCACCAGCAAUCGACAUGAUAGAGUUGAUCGCCGCGCGAGGAAACACGUCUCUGGAGUCUGCUGUUUCUCUCACAAAAGCACUGAGAUACGACAUUCAGUCGCUAGCCCGCCGCCUAGAGAAAGCCGCGACCGCAGAGGAACUGGCUCGAAAAGGGGCCAUCUCGGCAAAAGCUCGCUCAUUAAAUGAGGCCGAAAUUAAACUCAUCAUACAAGAUAUCAAGCGACUACUGAAUCGCAUCGAAGAUGCUGUACCUCUGAUGAAUCUAGCCAUCACCACCUCCGGCGCAAGUCUUUCAACCACGCUACCUUCAACGGUCUCACCGUCGCGUUUGCUGCAAGCCAGCACUUUCUUGACCGCAUGCGACACGCAGUACUCGAUGACUCCUGCCAAGGCGGUACAGGUUGGCCCAACUUUCACCUUGUCGAUGUACAUGCUGUUCAGCGGUCACCUGAGACCCCACGAUGAAGAAAGCAUACGGGAAACGACGUGGAAAGAGGUGAUGCACAAAGCAAGGGUGAAAAUUAGACGAGUUCCGCUGGACGUGUUUGUCGACCCGGCAGAUAGACAGACCAGCAGCAGGUCCCAUCUCCCUGCUACAGCAAGAGCCGAUGAAUUUGCGUAUCAGAUUCUGAUUGUGGAGGACCUUGACGACAGCAGAGUCCAUAGCUUUGACGAAGGCGAAGCACGGCCCCAGCCCUAUGAAGGCGUAGAUCUUGCAGGGAUCAGAGAAAUCAUCCCAAUCCACGAGAUUUCCAAGAUAUUUUACGCAGACACUGGAAAAAUGCUGAAUAUUGGGAGUGAUGGAGAGGCGAACAACCCGGUGUUACUGUUGAAGCGGGAUGUAAACGCCAUCCCUCCACGUCGGAUGGUGAACAGAAACGAAACAGAUUACGAUGGAUGGGAGCAAGAUACAUCUUUAGAACAAGAUGAUGAGUUUCAGUCCCAGCUUGAUGCACAACUAAACGGUGGGGCAGCCAACACAGAUGAUGAACAAGAUUACUACGAAUCAUUAUCAGGACGACAGAUACCAGAGUCCCAGCGGCUACCCCCAAACCUAGACUUGGAAUGGGUUGCCUUUGAGGUCUAUCAUGAGGAAGAGGAGGACGACGAUACCGAUGCUGAAGACGAAGAUACCGAGUCAGCAUCUCGCGGCACUUCGGUCGAGGAGGGCGUGAAAAACCUCAACAUAAACGACAACAAACCCUCUCCGUCACAAUCCAAACAAGUCUCUUUCUCUUCGUCUCAAGAAAUGUCCACACCAACAGCGUCCAAUCCCGUCUUCAGCAACAUCCGCACUUCCUUAUCCCUCCUCGAAACACUGCUCCGCCUCACCUCUCUUCAACAGUUCCAACAACAAUCCCACCUCUCCAUCACCGACGAACUUCUCAACUUCUUCCUGGAAGAAUCAUCCAGCACUGGCGCUGGUGGCGACGAGCAUCACCGACAGCGUCUCCGUGCUGACGCGCGUCGCAAAGUAGGCUGGGACCCAUAUGACGAAUCACCCCUCAAGCGGCGCGGCGAAGAGUAUCAAUACCAGUACAACAACGACAAUAACAACGAUGGGCACUGGACGCCCACAGGCACGCCCGCUCGAUUUGGGUAUGAUCCGUUGGCGUCACCUGGCGGAAGAACAGACGAGUCGUACCGGGUCCGGUCUCGAGAGCAUACCCCGGAACCAUCACCAGGGCCAUCCAAACGUGCCAUCAGGCCGCCUGUACUAACUAGUGGAAGGAAAGGUACUUCGAUGAAAGGAUCUCCCUUGUCUAAACGGCCUACAACGGCGAAUACGGAUGAGGGUCUUGGGACGAGUCCUGGUGCUAAGAGUGCGCAUUAG